AACAUCCCUCCUCUCCUUGCAGCCCAGCCCAAGACUAAGAAGACCUUGGGCAAGAGUGGAGUGAAGAAUGUGGUGGUGGUGGAGGGCGUCCGCAUCCCGUUCCUGCAGUCCGGCACCUCGUACGCGGAUCUGAUGCCCCACGACCUGGCAAGGGCAGCACUGCAGGGCCUGCUGACCCGCACCAGCGUCCCAAAGGAUGUUGUGGAUUACAUUGUUUAUGGCACAGUUAUCCAGGAGGUGAAAACCAGUAAUGUUGCCAGAGAGGCUGCCUUGGGAGCGGGUUUCUCCGACAAAACUCCGGCCCACACCGUCACCAUGGCCUGCAUUUCCUCCAACCAGGCGAUGACCACGGGCGUGGGGCUGAUCGCGGCCGGGCAGUGCGACGUGGUGGUGGCCGGAGGGGUGGAGCUCAUGUCCGACGUUCCCAUCCGGCACAGCAGGAAGAUGAGGAAGACCAUGCUGACCCUGAACAGGGCCAAGACCUUGGGCCAGAAGCUCUCCCUGAUUUCCAAAAUUCGCCCUGACUACUUCGCUCCCGAGCUCCCGGCUGUGGCCGAGUUCUCCACCAGUGAGACCAUGGGGCACUCUGCUGACCGCCUGGCCGCCGCCUUCGGCGUGUCCCGCCUGGAGCAGGACGAGUACGCCCUGCGCUCCCACACGCUGGCCAAGAAGGCCCAGGACGAGGGGCUGCUGCUGGACGUGGUGCCCUUCAAAGUGCCAGGCAAAGACACGGUCACCAAGGACAACGGGAUCCGGCCCUCCUCCAUGGAGCAGAUGGGGAAGCUGAAGCCGGCGUUUGUCAAGCCCUAUGGAACUGUGACAGCAGCCAACUCCUCCUUCCUGACGGACGGCGCGUCGGCGAUCCUGCUCAUGUCCGAGGAGAAGGCCCUGGCCAUGGGGUACAAACCCAAGGCCUACCUGAGGGACUUCGUGUACGUGUCCCAGGAUCCCAAGGACCAGCUGCUGCUGGGGUAGGUGGUGCUGGGGACCAUUGGGAAGUGUCCCAUCAGACACUGCAUCCCCUGAGGCCCUCCCACCC